CCCGUUAAAUUCCUCCUGCCUGGCAUCAGGUUCCCGGAGGAAAGGGCGGAGAGUUGGCCGCUAUCUCUGUAACAUAAGUAACAAACAGUGAGCAGUGCACACAAACUGGGAAACUCGUUUUACCGAAACCUAAGAGGAGCUGUGAAUCGGCUCUGGUUCUUAUGAACGCGGCACUGACCGGAGUCCGGAGAGCGUGACGGUGACCGGGAAUGAGGCAGGCGUACGUGGGCGUAUAAUAGGGAGCCUGUUGCUUUCCUGCUACAAGUGUGCGUUUGUUGAGUCUACCGGGUAGAGGCAGCUGGAGGUCCCAUGGCAGCCAGAAGGACGAGAGGUACGACCGGGCCGGAUGUGAGCAGGAGCACCGUGGCCCGGGCCGCCAGUAUAGCCGAGCAGCUGCGAUAUGAGUGCUCCAUCUUACUGGAACUUUAUAGAGAGAAGGAGAGUUUCACUGCUGAUGUUUUGGUUGAUGGUCGCCUGGUGUCCGUCGCUCCUCCUUCCUCGCAGCUGGCCACCAGGGACAAGCUCUGGCGUCUCCACUCAGCUCUGAUGCAGUGCCGCAGCCUGCUGGAGAGAGCCAUCGCCAGAGAGGAGGAGGAGCUGGGCGGCGGGAAGAAGGGUGACUAUGAGACCCAGAGGAAGAUGGUGAAGGACAGGUUGUCGUAUCUCUUGAUCUGCACCGGAGAACUUCUCAAAACUGCUGGUGGCACGGCGCUCCUGACGCCCAGCUUGGAGGGAUUAGAGUUAGACGGUCCCACCGUGCUGUUUGAGCUGAAGCUUUGGGUGUACCGGAUCUUCAAAGAGGUGGACUACUGGACCAAGACCGCCAUCACCACCUUGGAAGCCCUGCCCUCGGUGAUAGCCAAGGAGCGAGUGAUGCCCUCGAGAGUCAGGACCACAAGAAGCACUCGGAGAUAGACAUCAGGAGUGUGUGAGAGCGAAGAGGACAAAUAAGAGAAUAGGGACAGAGAGAAAAAGGUGAGUGUAGGAAUAACAAGAUAAAGAAAGGGGUUCAGCCUCGGUCCAAAGUGAGAAAGGUGUAUUUAUAUGAAAAUGUCCAGCUGAGUGAGACACAGAUCCCUACAGGGAGAUGAGCGGGAUGGGUAUUUAUAGAUCAUGAGACUACCUUCACAUGAACAGAUGCAUGGGACAGAGUGGGAGCAAGUGUCAAAAACCUUGUUAUCAUAGCUGAUAACAACAAUUAUGAUACAAGUAAUGCAGAGUCUGUACUUCUUCUAUUUAUUGAUUACUUUGUUAGGGGAAAUCCAAAAAUAAGAUUCAAUUCAGAGUUAAGAACAAAGCUUUCUUUCUUUUUUCUUUCUCUCGUUUUGGUAUUGAGAAAGAACAUUUUAUUUUAUUAACAGCAACUCAAAAAGCAUAGAAAUAUUUUUUCAUCGACAUACUGUACAUGCCUUCCUUUGAUACUGCAGAAGUUUUUUUUAUAUAAAUAUACUGGCCAGGAUUCACUACAGCUGACAGAGUAAACAGUGAGCAAGGGGCACAUUCAGAUCAUAAUGAGAACAUUUGAAUUCAUGCCGUGGCUAGACUGUAGCUCUGAUUUGUGUAGUUUUAAAGGCUAUAAAUCAUUCCACAUAAGUUAUUAUCUGGGGAUGUUCAGUGCAUGAAGGGGGGAAAUGUGUCCAACAGCACCCUCUGGUGUUUACAUUGAUACAGUCUUUCUUUCUUGAUUGACCUCAGUAAUACUUAUGUCAAGUUAUUAUAUGUUCUUUUAGUUUUAUCAUGUUUUUAUGGCACUUACUGAAGCUAUGUCACAGACUUUAGGAAGCAACAAUUGAUAUGCAACAUCAGUAGUCAAAACUGAUAGACAUGCAAAUGGGCACAUAAGCAGGCAGUGUGGAAGAAAUUCAACUUCAAUAGUAGCAGUCUGCCAACUUAAAGUGGACCUAUCAUGCUAUAUUUGAAUAAUAUAGUGUAGGACCAUACCUAUAUAAGGCAUAUUUAUACUUUUUUUUUUUCAAAAUACCAA